GAAACGUCCCACCUACCCUCCGUAGUUCCCUUCGUAGGGCCCUACUGCGGAUUUCCUCCAAGUUCUCAGAUGUCAGACACUCAGGGGGCUCAUGUUGCCUUCCUCCUCCUCCUCCUCCUUGGAAACGGGAUGUGAUGUAAAUACACAGCAACUUUUUUUUGUGUGUUCCCGUCUCUUUGGAGUGUGCAGCUCUUUUUUUCUUCUCCUUCCAACACUUUGUUGAAGCAAAACAAGAAGAAGAAGAGAUAAAAGAAAGAGAAACAAGUCGGACAGUGAACCACCAGAGAGAUUCAAAGUCGCCGUUAGUUUCCUCCACCAUGAUCCUGUGAGCUCCUCCGUCCUUCUGCGAUAACUGAACUCACCGAGCCGCCGGACUGGACCCGAGAAAAACGGAUCAAACCGGAGAGCAGCUCGCUGCUGUUGUGGAUCCGGAGGGAAACCGCGGACAGAGAUGUAGCGUGUGUGUUGGUGUGAUCGGCGGACCAUCAUGCACCUCUUCUUGCUGCUGAUCCUUCAAGCCACAGCAGCCUACGGACAGAUCGACCCUGCACACUGUCGCUAUGCCUUGGGCAUGGAGGAUGGACGGAUCAAAGACGAUGACAUCACAGCAUCCAGCCAAUGGUACGAGACCACGGGACCUCAGUACGCCAGGUUGAAUCGUGAGGAGGGAGACGGCGCCUGGUGUCCUGAGGGACAGCUGGAGCCUUCAGACAGUCAGUACCUGCAGGUGGACCUGGGCAGGCUGAUUUUCCUGACGGUAGUCGGGACUCAGGGACGAUACGCCAGGUACUCCGGGAACGAGUUCGCCCGAGCUUACCGCCUCAACUACAGCCGGGACGGCCUGCUGUGGAAGUCCUGGAGGAACCGGCUGGGGAACACGGUGAUGGAGGGCAACAAAAACGCCUACACCUCUGUCAUCAACGACCUGCACCCUCCGAUCAUCACUCGCUACGUCCGGCUGAUUCCAGUCACCAGAGUGUCCACCACCGUCUGCAUGAGAGUGGAGCUGUACGGCUGUCCCUGGGAGGACGGUCUGAUCUCCUACAGCGCUCCAGAGGGUCAGCUCAUGAUGCCCCCUGGUUAUCCCAUCGCCAGCCUCAACGACUCCACGUAUGAUGGAGUACAUGAGAGGAGGAGGCUGUUUGGCGGGCUGGGCCAGCUGACGGACGGUGUGAUCGGCCUGGAUGACUUCCUUGUGACGCGUCAGAACCACGUGUGGCCGGGCUACAACUACCUGGGCUGGAGGAACGACUCGCUGGGAAGUCAGGGAUACGUGGAGAUGGAGUUUGUCUUCGACCGGCAGAGGAACUUCACCUCCAUGAAGGUUCACAGUAACAACAUGUUCCACCGCGGUGUGAAGAUCUUCUCCUCCGUUUCCUGUUGGUUCAAGCCCCGCCUCAUAGCCGGCUGGGAGUUGGAGCCUGUGGCGUUCAAGACGGUGCUGGACGACAGGAACCCGAGCGCCCGCUACGUCACCGUGCCGCUUAACCGCCGCGCCGGCAAAUCCCUCCGCUGCCGCUUCUACUUCGCCGACGUGUGGAUGAUGUUCAGCGAGAUCUCCUUUCAGUCAGUGGAUACCGUACUCCCGACCCUGAUGACCCUGGGGUCGACCUCCCCUCCAGUCAAGAAGGAGAGCACCAUGCCAACCACACUUAUGACAGCAGCCAGUCCAUCAGCCAGCGGCCCGCCAGAUGAUGGGAACACGCCCAUUCUGAUUGGCUGCCUGGUGACCAUCAUCCUGCUGUUGGUCAUCAUCAUCUUCCUCAUCCUUUGGUGCCAGUAUGUCUGUAAGGUGCUGGAGAAGGCUCCACGUCGGAUCCUUGACGAGGAGGUAACAGUUCGGCUGUCGUCCUGCAGUGACACCAUCAUCCUCCAGACCCCCCCUGUGCCCCCCCGCUCAGGCCACCCCCCUUCAGGCCCUGCUAACACUGACCCUCACUAUGAGAGAGUUUUUCUGUUGGACCCGCAGUACCAGAACCCGGCGGUGCUGAGAAACAAACUGCCGGAGCUGUCCCAGAGUGCAGAGGCCUCAGCUCUCCUCCUCGGUAAUCCUCUCUAUGACCUCCUCCUGCUGACUUCCUGUCACUUGACGUCAGGCUGGCUGCGUGCGUGUGGCGGAGGCUACGCCGAGCCCGACGUCACCCAGUGCACGCCGCACCAGUGUUUCCAUAGCAGCGCGCCGCACUACGCCGAGACGGACAUCGUGCGGCUGCAGGGCGUCACCGGCAGCAACAUGUACGCCGUCCCCGCCCUCACCGUGGACUCGCUCACCAGGAAGGACAUCUCGGCCGCCGAGUUCCCACGGCAACAUCUGAUCUUCAGGGAGAAGCUGGGGGAGGGGCAGUUUGGAGAGGUCCACCUGUGUGAGGCAGAGGGACUCCCAGAAUUCCUUGGGGAGGGGUCUCCUCUCCCUGACAGAGAUGGUCGUUCAGUGCUGGUGGCUGUUAAACAGCUGAGAGCCGACGCCACCAGCCAAGCCAGAAAUGACUUCCUGAAGGAAAUAAAGAUCAUGUCUCGUCUCAACGACCCCAACAUCAUCCGGCUGCUGUGCGUGUGCGUGUCGUCCGACCCGCUGUGUAUGGUGACCGAGUACAUGGAGAACGGAGACCUCAACAUGUUCCUGUCCCAGCGGGAGAUCGAGAGCACGCUGACACACGCCAACAACAUCCCUUCAGUCAGUCUGUCCGACCUUCUCCACAUGUCGGUUCAGAUCUCGUCGGGGAUGAGGUAUCUUGCGUCUCUGAACUUUGUGCACCGCGACCUGGCCACCAGGAACUGCCUCCUGGACCGCCGCCUCACCAUCAAGAUUGCCGACUUCGGUAUGAGCCGGAACCUGUACAGCAGCGACUACUACCGCAUCCAGGGCCGGGCGGUGCUGCCCAUUCGAUGGAUGGCUUGGGAGAGCAUCCUGCUGGGUAAGUUCACCACGGCCAGUGACGUGUGGGCGUUUGGCGUCACCCUUUGGGAGAUCUUCACUCUGUGUAAGGAGCAACCGUACAGCCUGCUGUCUGACGAACAGGUCAUAGAGAACACUGGCGAGUUCUUCAGGAACCAGGGCAGACAGAUCUUCCUCUACGGCCCUCCCCUAUGUCCACCUUCGCUCUUCGAGCUGAUGAUGCGUUGUUGGAGGCGAGACAUACCUGACCGACCCACCUUCGAGGGACUUUACCAAGCCCUGAGGCCCCACGUCAACCAGUGAGCCAAGGCCGCUGGCAUGUCCCACUCAGCAGGUUUGUUCAUCUCUGGACUCCUGUAAGAUGACAGAAUGACAAGAAAAAAACAGAGGACUGGAAUUGCGUUACAAGAGUCAAUCGCUGUCAGAGGGAAUGAAGAAACUGGCAGAACUGUGUUCAGAAGGUGGGUUUGCUUUGUAGUAAAAGCAGCACACUGUUCUGAGAGACAAGAUGGAGGUAGAAGGAGAAAAGGCUGGUCAAUCAGAGGAGAUCCAAAACCUUUAGUUCAUUAGUGAACAAAGAUUUCUUAGCUUGUUUUUUAAAGAUUUCAAUCAUUUCUGAUUUCACGGUUUCAUCCAUCUCUUUAAAGCCCCUUUGACCAAAACGUCUUGUCGGACCUUUUGACAUAUGUUUUUUAAUGUUGUUUUGGUGCCAAAGGUAUCAUAAACUUUAUUUUUCUUCUACUUUUUGGCUUUUAAAGAUGCCAAAAUCUGGACGGACUUUUCAGUCUUGGUAGUUUCUCCUGCCCCUGUGGUUUUUAUUAUUAUUGUAAAGCACUGUCUGUGUCUCUCAGUUAUUCAUGUUCAUAUAUUAACCCACACUGGAGCUAGGGUUAGGGUCAAAUUGUAGUGUAGAUUUAUUUUUAGAUUUUUGUUCUAUUUUUUUUUUCUUCUUGUUUUUAAUUUUGUUGGUCGUUUUUGUGGAUAUGAAUGUUGUUCAGCUGAGGUUCACAUCAUGGUGCCGGGAGGUUGCGUUGAAACCUGUGCGGUUCACAGACUGAAAAUUAGUUAGUGGGUGAUUAAGUAGAGAAAGGAGGCACAUGAAACCAAAUCAUAAAAUGUGUUGAGCCUUUUUCUUGCCAAAGAGAAAUAAAGAGUGUAAGUGAUAAAAAAAACA